CUUGUGGAUUUUUGUAGUUUACAGACAUACGUUGUAUUAAUAUUGUCACUCAUUAUGCCAAACAAACCAUGUUUUUAGAUAGUUAUCGUAUAGUUUGUAAGCAGUCUAAAUUCAGAAAUCAACCCACAGAUAUAUCCAUAAAGGCAGUUCAUUCGCAGAAGUAAAAUUAUGCAAUGAAUACCAUAAAAUCACAUAACAAAACUGUGUUUACUCUCACUUUCAGUAUUUCGUUUGAUUUGUUCUUUAAAGAAUGAAGUAGAUGGGCAAAGUCUAGUUUGUGUUAAAUAUUUAAAGUGCAGUGAAUUAUGUUUAAAAAAAUUUUUAUUUAUUCAGUAGUUUUUAAUAUAUUCCAAUUAACCAAAUCCAUUCGAGUGGAAGAAAAUGACAAAGAUUUACCUAACAAUGUUAGCCAAGAAGACUACAUCGAUGGAAGGAAGCGUCCUCAAGCAGGAACUUCUUCAGGUUGUAACUUCAAAAACAAACGCAUACCAGUUUACAAAACCGACGGUUCUGGAAGAACAUUUCUAGAUUUUGCUUAUGUAAAUGUUGAAUAUAAUAUUAAUUGUGGUGGUGGAGGAGGAGGAACUAAUUAUCCAAGUGAUAACAACUAUAAUGCAAAUGAUGUAAGUCAAUAUCAUAAACCAGGCUUUGGGGGACAUCAUAAACCUAUAUUUGGAGGGCAUCAUAAACCUGGAUUUGGUGGUAACCACAAACCCGAUGCUGGAUUCAAUCCCGGAUUUGGACAAAAACCAGGUCAUCAUGGCAGUGGUCAUACCAAUAGACCAUUUCUAUCAGCUCUAUUUGGAAAUAGGCCGCAACAUUCGGAUUCCCAAGAAACAAAUGAACCAAGUGUAGCGAACAACUUUGCAACAAGUAGUAUUUUUCCGUCUCCACAAGAAUUUGGUCAAGGUUUAGGAGAUGGCAUUUCGUCUUUUGUUCAAACUAUACCGCAGAUCGCACAAAGUUUUCAAUCGCUAUUACCAAAUUUUGAUAACUUUCAAUGGCCGCAAUUUGGUUCUUUGUUUCCAGGUCAAAAUGCACCAAAUACUCCGUUAGUUGAAAACCCAAGUUCUAUUGUUCCAAACGAUGAAAUAAAACCGGUUCACGAAGAACAUGAUCCAAUUACAGAUCCAUAUAAGCUAAGAUUGCGCACUGGAAACAACAACUAUUACAGCAGUUAUCAAAACUAUCGCCCAAGAAACAAACAGGAAGAGUAUAUUUUGGGUAGAACCAAUGUAAGAAGAUCGGACGAUGCCAAUUUUCAACCGAGAGAUUAUCAAAAGAUUUCAACUUAUCUUGAGGAAGGAAUUAGACAUACAGAAAAUAGUAAUUUAAGAUUUCCAUCGUAAUUUUUUUGUUUACGCUAUUUUAACAGCCCAUUUU